GGGGAGCGGGGGGUGGGGGGGGUCUCUGGCCCCGGCGGGGCCGGUAGCCUCGCUCAGGGUCCUCUGUGCCUUGCCCGGUGCCGGGCUGAGGCAACCGCCGCCCGCUCCCGCUGGGCGUGGGGAACCCAGCCGCCCCGCUCCAGUGACAGGGUCUGCGCCUGGCCCGGGGCUCGUCCGCCCCUCUCGUCCCUCUGGGUGUCCCCGGGGCCGAGCCGCGGGCUGCCUUUGAGCCUGCGGGAAGCGUCUGGGAGCGUUUCUGCUGUAGCGGGGGGCUGCUGGCCCUCCUCGGAGCUGCCCCCGCAGCCUGCCAGGCAGCGCUGCCGCCUCGCCCCCUCUGCGCCUCGGCGCCUUCGUGCGGGCUGCCCUGCUUCUGCGGAGUGGCCUUGGGUGAAACCGUUAAUGUCCCGGGGGAAUUCGGCAGGAAGUACGUACAUCGCCUCAGAAGAUAUUGGUAUUAACCUGACAGAUCCCAUGUUCAGAGGAAUCUAUAGGGGAACACAAAAACAUCAAGAUGACUUUUUGGAUGUGAUAGAGAGAGCAGUCAAAAUUGGCAUUAAAAAGUUUUUGAUUACAGGUGGGAGUCUACAAGAUAGUAGAGAUGCAUUGCAGCUGGCACAGACAAAUGACAUGUUUUACAGUACAGUUGGCUGUCAUCCUACCCGCUGCGGAGAAUUUGAGCAGAGUAGCCCUGAACAGUAUUUAUCUGAACUAAAAAAUCUGAUUGAAAAAAAUAAGACAAAGGUAAUAGCAGUUGGAGAAUGUGGCUUAGAUUUUGACAGAUUAGAAUUUUGCCCGAAGGACAUCCAACUCAAGUAUUUUGAAAAACAGUUUGACCUGUCGGAACAGACUCAACUGCCCAUGUUCCUCCACUGUAGAAACUCACAUGCUGAAUUUUUAGACAUAAUGAGAAGGAACCGAGAUAGAUUUGUAGGAGGGGUGGUACAUUCUUUUGAUGGCACAAAGGAAGAAGCAGCAGCUAUAUUAGAUCUGGAUCUUUAUAUUGGAAUAAAUGGCUGUUCACUGAAAACAGAAGCCAACUUGGAAACACUGAAAUCAAUUCCUAGUGAACGAUUAAUGAUAGAGACUGAUGCACCUUGGUGUGGGGUGAAAAAUACCCAUGCUGGAUCAAAAUACAUUAAAACUACCUUUCCUACAAAAAAGAAAUGGGAAGUAGGGCACUGCUUGAAGGACAGAAAUGAACCCUGCCAUAUAAUUCAAGUACUGGAAAUCAUGGCAGCAGUAAGAGAAGAUGACCCACUUGAGUUGGCCAAUACUCUAUAUAACAACACUAUUAAAGUCUUCUUUCCAAAUAUAUAAGAUGUUUUUCUUAUGUUUAGUCAGCAUAACAUUACUAAACAUACUGCAAAAAACUUUAAAAUUAUCAUAUCUGCAAGUUCUUAUGAAUAGAAGCCACUAUGUAGUGCUUUUUUUUUUUUUCAUGGUACAAGAUUAAAGCUGCUUUUGAAAAGGU